ACGAGCCAUGCAGCAACGGUGAGGACCGCAGACAGUCUUGGAAGCCUGCUCUUACUGGACACCCUGUGGCUGAAACGCUUCUACCCCUCCCAGGAACUGCAGCACCUCCAGUGACAAGAUAAGCACAGGAAUGACGUCUGCUCCCGGUAGGGCCAGAAGCCUUUUGGGGACCGUGCUGAGUCUGGUGGCACUUGCAGUGGUUGCACAGGAUGAAUCACGGAUUAUCGGGGGCCACGAAUGCCCCAAGCAUGCUCAGCCCUUCCAGGUCAUCCUCUCCAACAGCAAGAAAAAUGGGCCUGAUGUUCAGUGUGGGGGCGUUCUGAUCGAAAAGGACUGGGUGCUUACUGCCGCCCACUGUGAUCAAGAGGGGGAGAUCCACACGCGAAUGGGAGAUUACAGCCUCAGGGCCAACGAAGGCACCGAGCAGUGCAUCACCUCCAUGAGGAAGUUCCCGCACCCGAACUACAAUGCCACCACGCACGACAGUGACAUCAUGCUGAUCCAGCUGUGCAAUUCCGCCAACAUUAAUGACUUCGUCCGGCCCAUUGAACUGGCCACCGAGUGUGUGAGGCCCAACACGCUGUGCGAGGUUUCGGGCUUCGGCACCAUCAAGUCCCCUGAAUCAGAGUUUCCUGACCUCCUGCAGUGUGCACAAGUCUACACAAUGUCGAACAAGGACUGCAGCCGAGCAUACCCAAACGGCAUCACAGAAAACAUGCUGUGUGCAAGUGUGAGCAGAGGCGGUGUGGACUCCUGCCAGGGCGACUCCGGCGGACCCCUGGUGUGCAACCGCAAACUGCAAGGCCUUGUCUCUUGGGGGAUGCAAAUUUGUGCAAGGCCUGGGAAGCCCGGCGUCUAUACAAACGUCUGCCGAUUCACCGACUGGAUCCGGAACACCAUCCAAAGGAACUCAGGCAACCGAGCAGCAUACACGUACUAGUGCAACGGGGAGCCACCAACACCCCAGGGUGCCAGAAUAAAACCGAGCUACCAC